AUGGAAUUUGCAAGAUCUAAGGAAGGCAUAUUUGUCAAUCAGAGAAAAUAUGUUCUUGAUCUCCUUGGAGAAACAGGUCUACUUGGUUGUAAGAUGGUUGAAACUCCGGUUGAGCCAAACUUGAAGUUACAAGCUGCUAAGGUUGAAGAAGUAAAGGACAGUGAACAAUAUCAGAGAUUUGUAGGGAAGUUGAUUUACUUGUCUCAUACACGGCCUGAUAUUGCUUUUGCAGUUAGCAGGGUAAGUCAAUUCAUGCACUCACCAGGGGCGGAGCAUUUCGAGGCCGUCUAUAGGAUCUUAAGAUAUUUGAAAGGAACUCCAGGAAGAGGCUUAUUGUUCAAGAAACAUGGACAUCUUCAAGUUGAAGUCUACACAGACGCAGAUUGGGCAGGAAGUGUUACAGACAGAAGAUCAACGUCUGGAUACUGUUCCUUUGUUGGAGGAAGCCUAGUUACAUGGCGGAGUAAAAAACAAAAUGUGGUAGCUAGAAGUAGUGCUGAAGCAGAAUUCAGAGCCGUUUCCCAUGGAAUCUGCGAGGCGAUGUGGAUAAAAAGGAUUCUUGAAGAAUUGAAGUUUUCUUACUCGACUCCAAUGAAGGUCUAUUGUGACAACAAAGCUGCUAUUGCUAUUGCUCAUAAUCCAGUUCUUCAUGAUCACACGAACAACAGAAGUGGAUAA